AUGACAAAAGUUAUCAUAGGAUCAACUUCUGGAAAUUCCUAUGACUGUGAGGAUUUAGAUCUAGAGCCCCUACAAAGAAGACUGCAAGAGCUACUUCGAAGAAAAAGAUAUUUGCUUGUUUUGGAUGAUUUGUGGGAUGAGGAACAAGAGAAUUGGCUGAAGUUGAAGUCUGUAUUGGCUUGUGGAGGAAAAGGUGCUUCGAUUUUGGUCACUACACGGCUUCCAAAGGUAGCAGAAAUCAUGGGAACGGUGCCUGCUCAUAAACUUUCAAUGUUGUCUGACAAAGACUGCUGGGAGUUGUUUAAACAACGAGCAUUUGGACCAAAUGAGGUAGAACUGACAAAGCUUGUGGCAAUUGGGAAAGAGAUCCUAAAGAAGUGUAGGGGAGUGCCUCUUGCAGCAAUAACAUUAGGAAGUCUGUUGCGCUUUAAAAGAGAAGAAAAAGAAUGGAUCUAUGUCAAGGACAGCAAGUUGUGGAGCUUACAAGGUGAGAACUCUGUCAUGCAGGCCUUGAGAUUAAGUUACUUGUACUUGCCGGUUAAGUUGAGACAAUGCUUUGCCUUCUCUGCUAUAUUUCCAAAAGAUGAAUUAAUAAGUAAGCAGCUUCUAAUUGAACUUUGGGUGGCCAAUGGAUUCAUUUCGUCCAAUGAAAGUUUGGAAGCGGAAGAUAUUGGUGAUGAGGUGUGGAAUGAAUUAUAUUGGAGUUCAUUUUUUCAAGAUGUUCAAACAGAUAAAUUAGGUAUGGUUACACAUUUCAAAAUGCAUGAUCUUGUUCAUGAUCUUGCUCAAUCUUUUGCAGAGGAAAUUUGUUGCAGUGCAUAUAAUAAUGGUAUAAUUAAUAUGCAUGCAAGAAUCCGUCACUUCUCAGUUUAUGGACAACACGCAUCUGAAGAUUACAGUUCAAUCCAGUUGCACCAUGUCAACUCCUUGAAGACCUACAUAGAGUGGAAUUUCAAUGAUGCUGGCCAACUUUCACCUCAAAUAUUGAAAUUUAAUUCUUUAAGGGUGCUUCGGAGCAACAAACUAAACAUUUUGUCAGCUUCGAUUGGUCGUUUAAAAUAUCUAAGAUACUUAGAUAUUUCUCAUGGAAUGUUCAAAACUCUUCCACAAUCUCUUUGUAGGCUUUGCAAUUUGCAGGUUUUGAAAUUAGACCAUUGUUAUGAUCUACAAAGUUUGCCUGAUAGUUUGACACACUUAAAAUCUCUACAACAACUAUCUUUGAGAGCUUGCUAUUCACUAUCAAGUUCGCCCCCUAAGAUAGGAACGUUGACUUCCCUAAGGACUUUAAGCAUAUAUGUUGUUGGUAAGAAAAGAGGGUACCUUUUGGAAGAAUUAGGACAACUAAACCUUAAAGGAGAGCUUCACAUCAAGCACCUAGAGAGAGUAAAAAGUGUAACACAUGCCAAAGAAGCCAAUAUGUCCAGUAAACACUUGAACCAAUUGAGGUUGUCAUGGGGGAGAAAUGAAGAGUCCCAAUUACAAGGAAAUGUCGAGCAGAUUCUCGAAGUGCUUCAACCUCAUACCCAACAACUUGAUUCUUUGGGUUUGAGAGGGUAUACAGGUACAUAUUUCCCACAGUGGAUGUCUAGUCCUUCUCUAAAAGGUUUAACUUCUUUAGAGAUCACGGAUUGCAAAAAUUGUUUACUCCUUCCAAAGCUGGGGAAACUAUCUUCUUUGAAGAAUCUAAAAAUAUCUAACAUGAGUCAUGUAGUAUACCUAUGGGAGGAGUCCUAUAAUGGUGGAGUUGGAGGUUUAAUGGCUUUGGAAACUCUUAUUCUAGAAAAGCUGCCAAACCUGAUAAGGCUAUCAAGGGAGGAUGGAGAAAAUAUUUUCAUGACUCUUAGUGUGCUUGAAAUAACUGAAUGUCCUAAUUUGUCUGGUUUGCCUUGUCUUCCAUCUCUCAAGAAUUUGUAUUUGUAUAUAGAAGGGAAAUACAAUCAAGAUUUACUAAGAUCAGUUCAAAAAUUUCAGUCUUGA